AUGGAUGAAAGCGAAGCUUACAAUGAACCAAACCCAUGUUUGGGUUUGUUAGAUAGUGGUAAUAAUAAUAUAAAAAGUAAUGAAAAUGUAAAUAUAGGAGUAAAUAAUACUAAUUCAAAUAAUCUUGGUAGAGGACUUAAUAAUACAAAUUUUGUAAAAAAAUAUAAUUUUAAUUAUAAUAAUUUAAGUAUAAGUAAUAAAAAGUUUUUGUUAAAUAAAAAUCAUUUAUAUAUUAAAGCAGGCAUAAAACAAGGAGUCAAUAAUUCAAAAAAAUUUGUGAAUAAAGGGAAUGCAGAUAAUAGAAGGGACAACAAACAGGAUAGAAACACAACCAUAAACAACAAUGCCAUAUCAAAUAAUGACAAAUUUUCAGAUCAAGUAAAUAAUAAUUAUAAUAUAGAAAAUUCAACUAACGAAAAUAAUAUAUAUAAUGAGCAAGCAGACUAUAAUUAUGCUAAUAUGGGAUAUAACCCUGAUUCUGAAGGUUGGAAAAAUAAUGAAAAUGUAAGUGACAAAAAUGGAAUUCCAUUUAAUGCAAGGAUAGGUACUAACAACAAUAUCAACAAUGGUAAUAAUAAUAUGGCUCAAAGAAAAAGAAGAACUAAUAAAUUUGAAACGGGAAAUCAAAAUUUUAAAAAUAAACAAAAAAAAUUUUAUAACACAACUGUUAAUGAUUCAUCAAAGAGGUAUAAUAAUAAUCCUGCAAAUGUAGAUGCCAUAAAUAAUAAUGAAGAAAAUGAGGAGGGUCAAGAUUUUUCAAACGUCAUAAAUACAAGUUCCGAAAAUAAUAAAAUGAAUAACGACCUUAAUAAAAGGCAAUUAAAUAAUAAUAGAAAUUUAAAACAUAUAAACAAUUUUGGCAAUAAAAAAAUGUUUAAUAAUAUGACAUUUUCAAUAAAUAAAUAUUUAAAUUCAAAUGUAAAUUUUCAAAAACAUAAUAAUGAUAAAAUAAAUAAUACAUAUGGAAAAGCUAAAAAUAAAAUGACAUAUAAAAAUUUGAAAAUUAAAAAUAAAGAAAAUUUAAACAUACCUAAUGAUAUAAGAACACAUAAUUCCACAUCUAACACAUCAAAUGAUUAUGUAAAUAAUUUGAAUCGUGAAAUAAAUGGAGGUCAAGGAAUAGAAGGGAUAUCUAGUUCUUCUAAUUACGAUGAUCUUAAUUUAUUAGCACAAGCUUUUAAUUAUGAAAAUGUGAAAAUUUUAAAAAGUCAUCUUGAAGGAAACACAACCACCAAAAAACUAAAUAAUACAGGUUCUACUGUUGAAGCAAAUAAAGAUGAUUCAAAAUUUUUAAGUUACAUAGAAUGGCUAAGUGAAGUUUCUGAAAUAACUGAUGAAGAAAAUGAUAUCGAAGAUAUAAAUAAUAAUGGAAAAUUUUCACAAAUAAAUUCGCAGUACUCUCAAAAUGAUCAAACUAUUCCCGAACAACUGAAAGGGUUAUACUCUCAGUUUUCAAAAUAUAAUUAUAAAAAUGAACAAACAGGAGAAUUCGGGAAAAAUGCAAUAAACGGAAGUGAUAAUAAUAACUUGCCAUAUUUUGAGAACAAUAAAAAUCAAGGCAUAUUAGGAAGUGAUAAUUUAUCGGGUUCAUAUUUAGCUAGAUAUAGUUCAGAAAAAAAAAAUGAUUCUUUUAUAGAUGGACAAACAGAAUUUGAUGCAUAUGGAAAUGAAGAAAUAAAUUCAAUCAACUUAAUAGAAACACAAAAUGGAUCUAACUUAAAUAAUGUAGGUUCUUCAAAUUAUAAUCAAGAAAAUGAAACAAACAAAAUUAGCGAACCAAUUAAUGAUAUACCAAUAGAGGAUUUGUUUAUAACUUCUUAUAUGCCAUAUCCACCUGAAAAAUAUAAUAAUAUUUAUGAUUUACAUGAAAUAAAAAUAAUGUCACCCCAUAUAUUAAAAACAAUAAUUCAUAAAAAAGGGAAAACAUAUCAUUCAUCUUUAAAAGAUGGAAAACUAAUUUUAAUGUUAGAUUUAGAUAAUACAUUAUUACAAGCUACUUCAUUUGCUAAAUUUAAUAUGGAAUUACCUUUAGAAAAUUUUAUAGGAGAAAAUGAUGAACCUGAAUUAUAUAAAUUUUUUUUGCCUUAUUAUAAUUUUUUUUAUUAUUUAAAAUUUCGACCUUAUGUUCGUCAAUUUUUAGAAAUAUUGUCAUUAUAUUAUGAAUUAUCUAUAUAUACUAAUGCAACAAGAGAAUAUGCAGAUGUAGUUAUUGCAAUUUUAGAUCCUGAUCGAACCAUUUUUGCAGACCGUAUAGUUGCUAGAUGUAGUAGUGUAGAUCGAGAUGAAAAUAAACACUUUGAAAAAAUAUAUCCAAAUGUCGACCCAAAAUAUGUAAUAGCAUUUGAUGAUAGAAAAGAUGUUUGGUAUGAUAUUCCACAUUCUCACAUCUUACGAGCAGAACAUUAUAAUUUUUUUGAAUUAAGUAAAUAUGAUAUUAUUUCCCAUUUUAAAGAACCUAAUACAUGUAAAAAAAGAUUUGUAGAUAUGGAUAUGCAUCUACAUUAUAUGAUUAAAAUUUUUUUAAAAAUUCAUAAACAGUUUUUUGAAAACCCAUUAAAUGUAGAUGUAGGAAAAAUUAUAGAUAAUAUUAUGCUUAGUACUUUAUCAGAUGUAGGAUUAUAUUUUACAGGAUUUAGAAAAAAUUCAAAAAAUUUACAAAACGUUCUUUCAUCAGAUUGUGAAGAAAGACAAAAAGAAAUCGCAUUAGAAUUAGGAGCUAAAAUUUAUUCUAAUUAUGAUGACCCAGGUGUUACUCAUAUUAUUGCUGCUAAAAAUUGUACAGAUAAUUUAAUUAAAUCAAAACAAUCAAGUUAUAAUCAUAUCGAAAAAGUUCAUACAUUGUGGCUAUAUCAUUGUAGAGGUACUCUCGAAAAUGAUAGAUCCUCAUUAUUCGAUGCAGAUAAUCUUUGUAAAAUUUAUAAUAACAAACCUCCUUUACAUCCAAAAAAGGAUCAUUGGUUUUUUGGAAAUAAAGAUACAGAUAAAAAACAAGAAAAUAAAAAUGAUUGUAUUAAAAUUGAAAAUUUAAAAUCACGUAUAUUUUUAGGGACAGGCGAAUAUACAAAUGAUGCUGUUAUAUGCUCACCCUAUGAACAAAUAAGUAUUAAAUGGAUUGAAAAAGAAGUAAAAUUACGACAAAUUUAUGAUAACCCUCCAAAUUUUAUGACUCAAGAUAAAACAUUAGAUCUUCGAUCAGCUGAAAAAAGAAACAAUGAUGAAGUAACAAAAAAUGGUAGAGAUUCAAAUUUUAUAACACCCCCUGAUUUAGAUAUAUCUGAUAAAGUUAUUCAGCAAGAUAAACAAUAG